AUGCGGGAUCUAAAGAAGAGAGAUAAGAAAAUGGAAAUGUGUUGGAAGGGGCUGCCAGGACGACAGGAGAAAUUCAUGCUCAUCAUCUUUUACCUUCAUUUGUGGUGCAGGCCUAUAGCUGAAGCAAUUCAUCCGGACUGCGCCAUCAUCUCUCAGCACCGGAGGGCUGAGGAGGUUUGUAGCCAGACGAGGAGGAGCGAAGCGCAAAACCAGACUGACCACAGCGGAUGUAACACAGAGUGGGACGACAUUGGAUGCUGGCUGCGAGCUGAAGUUGGGCAAGUGGUUAACGUAUCCUGCUCUGAUGUCUUCCAGCAUCUCUCCAGCAAUCAAGGGUUUGUUUCCAGGAACUGUACUGUUGCUGGCUGGUCAGAAAUGUAUCCAUCCUACGAGGAGGCAUGUGCUUUCCGUGAUGACAGCGAGCCUGACUAUGAGACAAGCUACUUCUCUACGUUAAGACAGGUUUACACUGUAGGCUAUGCCACCUCACUCAUCUCCCUCAUUACAGCCAUAGUGGUGUUUACAGCCUUCAGAAAGUUCCGCUGCACCAGAAACUACAUCCACAUCAACCUAUUCUCCUCCUUCAUCCUGAGAGCCAGCGCUGUUUUCAUUAAAGACACUGUGCUGUUUGCUGAUGAGAACCUGGACCACUGCUUUGUGUCCACGGCAGCGUGCAAGUCAGCUGUGGCUUUCUUCCAGUUCAGCAUCCUGGCCAAUUACUUCUGGUUGCUGGUGGAGGGCAUGUAUCUGCAGACCCUGCUGGCCCUGACCUUCGUCUCUCAGAGGAAAUACUUCUGGUGGUACAUCCUGAUUGGAUGGGGGCUCCCAUCAACAGUUCUUAUACUUUGGGUGUUGACCAGAUUCUUCUAUGAUGACAGCGGCUGCUGGGACGACACAGACAAUACUGGUAUAUGGUGGAUUAUUAAAGGACCAAUGACAGCCUCGCUGCUGGUCAACAUUGUCAUCUUCAUCAACGUGAUCCGGAUUUUGGUUCAAAAGCUUAAAUCUUCAGCCAUGGCCGGGAACAAUGACACUGGACAUUUUAUGAGGCUGGCUAAAUCCACCCUGUUCCUCAUCCCUCUGUUUGGGAUGCACUACACAGUAUUUGCCUUCCUGCCAGAGAACACUGGAGUGGCAGCCAGACUCUACAUCGAGCUGGGGCUGGGAUCCUUUCAGGGUUUUGUGGUGGCUCUACUUUACUGUUUCAUGAAUGGAGAGGUCCAAACAGAGCUGCGGAGAUGGUUGUGGAGGUGUCACAAUCAAAAUCCUCUCACCCCAGCCAAGCAAAGUAUCACUCAGAUCACAGUUCGAGCCAGCGGGGGGCGGCCACCUUCCAGUGGCAACAUCUCUUCAGUAUAAUUUUAUGAGACCAUCCAUGAGAGUGUGAGAAUGUCAUGCAAAAUACCAGUGGAAGUUUCAAAGCUCACCCUACUAAUGACAUUAAUUCAACAACCCCUCUGAGAGAGGACCAUAAUGAACACUGGAGAGUGAUUGAAGAAGUGUUGUGUCAAGAUACUUUAUUAUCAGUGUCAGCAGCAACUACGGCCAUUACAGCACACAUUUCAGAGCUUAAUCACAUUGUGGUCUGUCUUCCAUAAUGGUUCAAACCAAAAAAAUACCAAAACCUUAAGGAACUCUGAUACUUGAUUUGUAAAAGGAUGUUAUGAUGACACU